CGGCUGCGCGUCCCCAAGAACAAGUGCACGCGCAUCCCAGGUGAGACUUGUGCAAUUGUGCAGUUUAUGGAGCAGGGGGAGCUGCGUGCGGCGCGUCUGUUGCAGGUAACAAGCGUCUGAUACAGGAGGAGAGAGGCUGUCGGACAGUUGUCAUUCAUCUCCAGCGCUCGAGCAAAGAGGAUCUGUUUGUUUUAUGUUCCCAAUGACCUUAUCAGGAUGCAAUAUCCGCGCAGAGGAGGAGGAGGGAGGCAUGUCUGAUCGGGGAGGAGAAUGAGGAGGGCACAGCUCUAUACUGUAUUCCCGAGCUUUGCUGCUGACGAGCAGAACGUGUCAGGGAAUCAGUGAAUGGAAAGCAGCAGCAGAGUCGGCUUUGUUGGAGCAGAGACAGGAGUUGAGUACAGCAAUGCCCCUCUGCUCAUUGGCACCCAGCACCCCCUCUUACUGGAGAAACCCUGACAAGUCUGCGCGCUUGGAUGCCUCUACUUACUGAAAGAUGUGUCAUGGAAUGUGUGUGCGGAGGGCAGAUCUCUUUCUAGGUCAGCAGCAGUCUCUCCUGGUUCUGCUCCUCUACGUUCAGCUGUCUCUGUGCUUCGGCCCUGUCCAUCUGUCUGUGGGAUUUGACGAUCUGACCACAUGCGCUGUUCCCGAGGUCCCAGAAAAUGGAUACAGGACACAGAGCAUGGGGAUUUUCUUUGAAAAUGCUGUCGUCCGGUUCCACUGCAAGAGCGGGUACAAGCUCAAGGGCCCCUCGAAGAAGAUGUGUGUGCAACUAUACAAUGGGUCUCUUGCCUGGAAGCCCAGCGACACACCAGUGUGCCUACAGGAAGUCACAGAUUGCCUUGCUCCCUACAUUGAAGACGCUGAUAUUCUUAACAAGACCUACAAGACGGGAGACAAGCUGAUAAUGAGCUGCCGCGAUGGAUUCCAGACUCGUUACCCCGACUUGGACAACAUGGCUUCAAUAUGUCAGGAUGAUGGAACGUGGGAUAAUCUUGCCAUGUGUCAAGGCUGCCUGAGACCCCUGGUUCUGCCUCACAGUUACAUUAACAUUUCAGAGUUCGAUUUCUCCUUCCCGGUGGGCCGAGUGGUCUAUUACCAGUGUUUCCCUGGCUACAAGCUGGAAGGGGCCGAGUACAUUGAGUGCAUGUACAAUCUCAUCUGGUCGGCGGAACCUCCCCGGUGCCUUGAUGUGGAAGUCUGUCCGCUUCCUCCAAUGGUGACCCAUGGAGACUACACCUGCCACCCCCAGCCGUGCGAGCGAUACAACCAUGGAACGGUCAUCGAAUUUUUCUGUGAUCCGGGAUACACCCUGGCCAACGAUUAUAAGUACUUCACAUGCCAGUCUGGGGAAUGGUUCCCUUCUUACCCAGUCAUUUGUUUCAAGACAGAGGCAUCAUGGCCGAACACAGAAGAUACUCUGCUCACGACGUGGAAGAUAGUGGCCUUCACGGCUAGCACUGUUCUGCUGGUGCUGCUGCUCGUCAUUAUUGCCAGGAGCUUUCAGACUAAAUUCAAGACACAUUUCCUUCCAAGGAGUCCGCAGGACAGCACCGGGGAGCCGGACUUUGUGGUAGUGGACGGGGUGCUGGUUAUGCUUCCUUCAUACGAUGAGGCUGUGAGCAGCGCUGUGAAUGUUACUCCUCCGGGCUACACGCCACCUGCAGAACAGAGGAGUCCCACACCGACAGAGGAAUCCGACCCUCCAGCAUAUCCGGGGAACCCUGACAGUUUGUGUGAGGAAUCAGAGACCUUUGAUAGUUUGUUGGAUUCAUCAGAACUGGCCCAAACUUUACAUUCAACUUCCCUGACUCACAUCAGAGCUGCAUCUGCAGAGAACACGAACAAUGGGGAAGCACCGUCCACCAGCCCCAGUAUCGACAUUGCAGAUGGUAAUGAAAUUCCACUGAUGGACGAAGAGCCAUGAAACUACAAUGGAACAAGAACAGAAAUGUGCAGAACACAGAGUUCUAUGAACAAUUUUUCUAUUUAUCAGAAACCUUUCUAGUCCCUGACUUUGUUGGUUAAACCUAAAUUUAAAAUGAACAGAUGUUCCAGGGACUGUUCUUCCGGCUGGUAAACCAAAGGAAAGAAAGCCAAGAAUCUGUAGGAGGAAGGGACUCGUUUUUCCAUAUGGAGAAUUCUGACAUUCUGGAAUUGGAAGCAAGACCCGUGGAGGACACAUACUAUUUUCUAUAUACAGAUUUCUGAGGAUACAAUUGCAUAUUGACUGAGAGAAGACUCAGGGUCUUUGAACAUGUAUUGUUUGGUCAACAGGAUAAUUUUGCUACAAGAAUUCACAGUAUUCCCCAAAUAUUUACCCUCAUGGGAAUCAGGGCUAUGCGAAGAGGCUUGUGUAACACAAUUAUAUUAUUCCGUUCAUGGAACAAACAAGAACCUUCACCAUUAAUUUCGGAGAGUGUACAUUUGAAAGCGACAGUUUGGGCAACCUUUGCCAAAUGGCGUAUUUAAAGCGCACAAUUACUUCAGGAUUCAGUGGGUUAGAGAGUUUAUUUCACCAACUUUAAAAAAAAAAACACAAGAAAAAAUAUAGUAAUUGUUACGGGAAAAGGAACCCAUGGGGUUGUUGACCAACUGCCCAAGUUUGGGGUGUCAGAGGUUUUUUUAAACUCUGCGAAUGUCAAGGUGACAACUCCUAAUGGUUUUGAAGGUCCAAUAAGAUCAUUAGGGUCAGUGACUUUUAAAAAACAGUGUUUCUCACUAGACAAGGGGAUGGUGCCUGAACUUUUGCACAAAAUUACCUAAAUAUGAGAUUUGCCAAGGGGUGCCCAAACUUCUGCAUUCAAUUAUAACUGAAAUGACAUAUAUUUGCCUUCUCCCAAGGACACCAUUCAUAACUCCCACUGAUGAAAUUGUCUCUGCAAAUAAACUCUGUCUCAAUAUUA